AUGCAUGCACGGUGGAUCCUAUUCUUACAAAGAUUUACCUUUGUCCUCAAGCACAAGUCCGGAGCUGAAAACAGGGUUGCCGAUGCCUUAAGCCGUAAAUUUACUCUCUUAACUCAACUUAAUACCGAGAUUACGGGUCUUCAAUGUUUGCAGGAACUCUACGCAACGGACAAGGAUUUCCAGAAAAUCUGGGCGGAAUGCUUAGAAAAUAACUCAGUUGGGCAAUAUUCUAUCAGGCACGGAUUUUUGUUCAAGCAAAGUGCUCUUUGUGAUCCGGAUUCGUCAUGGCGGCAACAAAUUAUUCAGGAAAUUCAUUGUGGUGGCCUAGCUGCGCAUGUCGGUCGUGAUAAGACACUCAAGCAAUUACAAUUGCGUUUCUUCUGGCCACAUUUGGACGGAAUGUUGCCCGUUUCGUGGAACGCUGUCCA